CUUUCCCGGAGAGUUGGUUGGUGUUUGCAGCGCACAGAAGUCCUCUACUUUCAGCUAACGGUCCAGCGCGUCCCUAGACAUCUCUGAAGAAGAAAACCGAUGGAGAUAAUCACAUAUUUUUAGAAAACUGUUGCAGAGAAAGGACCCGCUGCAAUAUGCCCGCACAGCACGACGAAGGGACGGAAUAAAAGCUCCUGUUGUGUCUUGAGAAGUUGCGCCUGCCAGUUGUCUUCACCCAGCUCGACUCUGAAUCACCCGCAGCGGCCGCUGGAGCAGUUGCUGCGCGGCGCGAUGGCUGCUCAGUGCGACACUUUGAGCGGGUAUUUGCAGCAGUCGGACCAGGGCUCCAACAGCGAGAGGAGCACAGACUCUCCUCUGCCCGGCUCCGAGGAGGACCUGAGCGGACCUCAUCCAUUACCCGACCCGGAGUGGAUGGAGGAGAGGUUUCGAGUGGACCGGAAGAAGCUGGAGGUCAUGCUACUCGCUGCUUCGGAGGGUAGAGUCAAUGGCGGCGAGGAUUUCUUUCAGAAGAUCAUGGAUGAAACCCAAACACAGAUAGCCUGGCCGUCCAAACUGAAAAUAGGAGCCAAGUCCAAAAAAGAUCCACAUAUCAAGGUGUGCGGAAAAAGGGACAACGUAAGGGAAGCUAAAGAAAGAAUCAUGUCCGUCCUAGAUACAAAGAGUAACCGGGUGACUCUGAAGAUGGACGUCUCGCACACUGAACACUCCCAUGUCAUUGGAAAAGGAGGAAACAACAUCAAGAGAGUGAUGGAGGAGACGGGCUGUCAUAUCCACUUCCCAGACUCCAACCGAAACAACCAGGCAGAGAAAAGCAACCAGGUGUCCAUCGCGGGUCAGCCAGCAGGAGUGGAAGCAGCGCGGGUAAAAAUAAGGGAGCUCCUUCCACUGGUGUUGUCAUUUGAGCUUCCAGCCAUCAUGCAGGCAGACCCUAGCUCACCCACUGUCCAGCACAUCUCUCAAACCUACAACCUCACCGUGUCCUUCAAGCCCCCCACCCGCCUUUACAGAGCGACCGGAGUGGUGCGCGGGUCGCAGAAUAACACCAAUGCGGUCAAGAGGGGCACGGCCCUGCUGCUGGAGCAUCUGGCUGGCAGCCUGGCCAGCACCAUCUCAGUCACCACACACCUGGACAUCGCGCCCCAGCAUCACCUUUUCAUGAAGGGACGCAACGGAAGCAACAUCAAGCACAUCACCCAGAGAACAGGGGCGCAGAUCCACUUCCCUGACCCCAACAGCCCCCAGAAGAAGUCCACUGUCUACAUCCAGGGCACCAUCGAGUCUGUGUGUCUGGCACGGCAGUAUCUCAUGGGCUGCUUGCCGCUGGUCUUAAUGUUUGACAUAAAGGAAGAUAUUGAGGUGGAGCCACAGUGCAUCACAGCGUUAAUGGAACAACUGGACGUCUUCAUCAGCAUAAAGCCCAAGCCAAAACAGCCAAGCAAGUCGGUGAUCGUGAAAAGUGUGGAGAGGAAUGCCGUCAACAUGUACGAAGCCCGGAAGUUCGUCCUAAGACUGGAGAGCAAUGGUGUGUCGUGUUCAUCGCCCCCCAUGGCAGUAAACCCCACCCCCAACGGCCCCUCCCCCUCCCUCAUCUGCCCCGUUGGGCUGGACAUCCUGGCCUCAGCUGGACUGGGGCUCAGCAAUCUGGGUUUUCUGAGUGCGGCGGCUCCUCACUCUCUCAGCAGCUCUCCCAAUGCGGUGCUCAACAGUUUAAACAGCUCUAUGAGUCCUCUGCAGACCCCGAGCCCCACCACCCCGGUGCACUCCCCCUCUAUGUGGCCAAGCUCUCUGACCAGCACCCAAGCCUUCUCAUCACAGCUCAUGUUGCACCCGGCGACACAGGCCACCCUCAGCAGUAUCCUGUUGUCAGGUGUACAGGGCUACACGCAGAGCACCCCCUCCCCUCCACCCGGCCUCGCCCCCAUCGACAAGCAGCCCAACGGGGUGCCGGACUGCUCCAAGGCCUGCACGCUCAAUGGACACGUCAAACAUCCUAGUUCGGUAUACACAAGAAUAACAACUGCAUCACUUGCGGAAACGGUUUUGAGUCCUCCUCCAUGUGACCCGGUGCAGGAGGCCAAUGGACACAACCCGUCAGAGCCACUAUCCAGCAAGUCCAACCCAGACGAAGGCUCUGACACAUUUGUGGAAGUGGGCAUGCCCAGAAGCCCCUCACACUCGGCCAAUGGGAGUGAGCUGAAGCAAAUGUUGGCAUCAUGUAAAACAUCAUCAGGGAAAAGGCAGGCGGUGGAGCUGCUGCAGGGGACGAAGAACUCACAUUUACAUUCCGAUUGCCUCCUGUCAGAUGCAGAGUCCAGUUCUUCAGACAGUCCAGUGGCAGAUAAAAAGGCACCAGGAAGUGAGCGCGCAGCUGAGAGGGCCGCACAGCAAAAUGAAAGGGACAGAAUCCGACUGGCACCACAGUCUUCGUUUGCAAAUAUGCAGGCUUUUGACUAUGAGCAGAAAAAGCUGUUGGCAACCAAAGCGAUGUUGAAGAAGCCAGUAGUGACUGAGGUGCGGACUCCUACUAACACUUGGAGCGGGCUGGGGUUUUCCAAGUCCAUGCCAGCGGAAACUAUCAAGGAACUGCGGAGGGCCAACCACGUGUCCUAUAAACCUAGCAUGAGCACUACUUAUGAGGGCUCUCCGCUGUCCUUGUCGCGGUCCAACAGUCGUGAGGGCAUUGGAAGUGGCAGUGACUCGGAUAACUGGAGAGAGAGGAAUGGCACUGCUAAUGGGAUUGGUCACAAUGAGUUCUCCAGUGCUGUCAGCAGCCCCAAGAGGAAGCAGAACAAAUCUGCAACAGAGCAUUACCUGAGCAGCAGCAACUACAUGGACUGCAUCUCCUCCGUAACCGGUAGCAACGGCUGCAGCCUCAACUGCUCCACUAAAGGCUCCGACUUGCCCGAACUUUUCAGCAAGUUAGGCCUGGGCAAAUACACAGAUGUCUUCCAGCAACAAGAGAUUGAUCUUCAGACAUUUUUGACACUAACAGACCAGGACCUAAAAGAACUGGGCAUCACUACUUUUGGAGCACGGAGGAAAAUGCUGCUUGCCAUUUCAGAACUGAACAAAAACCGGAGGAAGCUGUUUGAACCGCCCAUCCGCUCUUCGUUCCUGGAGGGAGGGGCGAGCGGGCGUCUGUCUCGCCAGUUUCAUGACAUGGCCAGUGUCAGUGGGCGCUGGUAGACUCUACGGCAACACGAACCGUCCAAAAGGAAGGCCAGACUCCACAGUGCCUCUGCCGUCCAAGCUCUAUGCCUCGGCCAGCAGCUGUUUACCCAAGUGCUCUUAGUAUUGUUACCAUAUAGUAUAAUUGUAAAAUAAGCCAUAGCUUUAAUCAAAGUGCCAACACAGAAGGGAUUUCUUGUGUUUUUUUGUUUCCUUUAAUAAUGGUGAAAAGGGAUGUGUCCAGUAUUUGCAUAGGAGAACAGGCAGGUUGGUUAGUACAAUCCUUUUAACACUGAUACCAUCUGUAUCAGUGGCAUGCACUUUAAAUAUACUAGACAUUUGCCUGUGAAACCCCUAUGCCUUAGAUUGAAGUUACUGAGAAUGUGUUUUAUAUUAAAUGAAAAAGCACAGAUGCAUUUUGUACUAAGCCAAAUAUAAGCACUUAACCAAUUAAAUGAAUGCACCACCAAAUGAAGUGCCAAAAAUUGAGUGACGUCAUCAACGUGCCAAAGUGAGGCCGGAUUGUCUUUUGGCCUUUGGCUGCUCUCUCUGUUUUGACAUUCCUCUGAGGUCAGUGGCUGUGUUUCUAGACAAAGCAAAUCAAAUAUUUUGUACUCUUUAUACAUUAUGAUUUUAUUUUGAAUUGUUUAUUACCGUCUUAAGGGAAUGGGUUGGGAUACUUAAUGAUAAUCAGUUUACAUUUGUAUUUUAUGAAUGAGUUUGUAUGAUUUUGUAAUUAGUAUCUUUACUUUCUCUUUUAUCUGUGGGGCCUGAGUGUGGCAGUGUCAUUAGACAACAGCAGAGACACAUCUGCUCGUGUCAACAGGCACCUUUGUGUUCAUACUAAUCCUCUGUUUCAUCUUUUAUAUUAGUUUUGUUUUGGAGUCUCACAACCCUUUUUCUUAAGGUGUUAUUUUAUCUUUGUCCUGUUUGAACCAAGACCUCAUAGAAGAGCAACACUAUUGCAUUAUCAAGUGCAAAUGUACAGUUUUUCAGCAGGGAAACUUUCUUUAAUAUGACCAUCCAACCAUCAAUGAACCAGUUUAUGUCAAACUAGCGAGCUUUUAUAUACAAACCCUAAUCAAGACCAUGGACAAUUUCUAUGAAUCAGGAGCAUUUGAUCUGAUGUAUUUCUUCCUGUACAUCACUGCAGCAGUGUUCAAUAAUAGUGUUAUACCACUGCAGCAGUGUUCAAUAAGGGGAUCCACUGUGUUAACUGUGUGUGAUGUUCUGCAGUUUUAGCCAAAACCUGAAGAUAUUUUUCUAGUUUUAUCAAGUGCAAUUGGGCGUUUCUUAUUGUUUAGUUUGACCUUUUAUUAUUUUUUGAACAAAUGUGUUUCAUGUUUGUGGUACAAUAGGAUAAAUAAUGAACAUAAUGAAGGAAAUGACUCUCUGACCACAUUAUCUCUGCCCUGGUCACUUUCCUUUAACCACUCUGCCCUCCUGUCUCUGAUUGAGCCAUUGUCUUGUGCUUGUAAAGUAUAAGUAUUUGUGGGACAUGGUGGCUCGGCCCACCAGACUGCAGUACCAGAGGAUGGUACUACAAACUGUUGUGACUCGUGUUCCUGCCUCGCAGACAUUUGUUUUUAAACUUCUCCUGUUCAGUUGCUCUGAGGGCAGUAGAGGUUCUGUCUUAUCAAGUGAAUGUUCUUAUAGAUAUAUAGACGCAUGUUAUUAUAGAUUUAUCAAUCAAGGGACUCCUUAAGUCAUUUGUUUACUGCCAGCCUGUCUAUUCAUUGACCUUGGUCAACUUCACAAUGAUGUUUUUGAUUUUAAAAUUUUAUGGUAUUUUCUAAAGGGAACUUUUCCAACAGUCAAAGGUACUCCCAAGACAAAUAUAAACCACUACAGUUUUAUUCAACCCUUAUACCUGCAGGGUUUGUGUAGGCACUAUUCUAUGCAUCAUUCAGAGGAGGUCUGUAAACCAAAGCUCUGUUCACUAUGGCAUCUGUUGAUGCCCUUGUUACUGACUGUAAUUGAAUUGCAGAUAAAAAAAAUAAUAAUAAAAAUAAGACUGUCAAAUAGACAAAAAUAAUGUUUGUUCCAGCACUCGAAUGCUAAUCUGAAGGUAAUAAAUGUAUGCAAAUACAUGUCUGGAGUUUGUAUGUGUUGGAUACACAUUACACACACAUUUACAUAU